AAAAACAACAUAAGGCUCAAGAAUAUAUGGAAAACCUUUAUUCAAAAUAUAAUACCUCUAAUACUAGUUCAUCAUCCAAAACAAAUACUGUGCAAUUAACUUCACACGAUUAUUUCAAGAAGGCUCUUAAGUGUUUGUUUGAUUCUCCUGGUGUAGCAAGCAAAUUACGAAACUAUCUUAAGUCAGCAGAAGUUGAUUGUGAG